AUGGGCUGCAAUCUGUGCACUUUACAGAAGCGAGAGGAACACUACAAGCUGCUGUAUGAGAUUGCACAGGUGAAUGGGAAGGAGUUGUCCAAGUCCAGCCAUGAGGAGUCUGUGGAGGCCUUUCACGUUGCCAAGGACCCCGUCGUGGUGCAGGUCAUCAGGCGGACCCCCGGUGGUCGCCCCCAUGGCUCCCCUCAGGAAAUCCAUGUGGUGGACGUGUGCACUCAGACCGACAUCACCUUUGAACACAUCAUGGCGCUGGCAAAGCUGCGGCCUUCGACCCCUCCCGUGCCGGACGUCUGUCCCUUCCUGCUCUCUGACAGCUGUCACUCUCUUCAUACAAUGGACCAGGAUUACUACAAAGGGACGGGCUACCUUUCCCCGGCUCCGGCUGACGGCGAGAGGACGGAGGAGUUUGAGUACGAGGAAGUGGAAUUGUGUCGCCUCAACAGCCAGGAGAAGUUAGGGCUAACUCUGUGCUACAGAACCGAUGAAGAGGAGGAUGUAGCUAUUUACGUCAGUGAGAUCUGUCCAAACAGCAUCGCUGCCAGAGAUGGACGCAUCCGAGAGGGGGAUCGCAUUUUACAGAUUAAUGGCCAAGAUGUACAAGACAGAGAGGAGGCAAUGGCUGCCCUCUCCAAUGACAAUAGCAGGAACAUCGUACUGCUGGUUGCCAGACCUGAGAUGCAGCUGGAGGAAGCCUGGCUGGAUGAUGAGCACAGCGAGUUCCUGGAGCAGCUGAAGAUGGAAAUGUUAGAGGAACAACAGAGAGAGGAGAUGGAAUUGGCUGCCCUACAGGAGAAGGAGGAGAAUGAGCAGAGAGCAGAAGAUGACAAGCCCACCUGCUCCACUCUGCCCCAUCAUAAGGAUAGCAUACUGAGUAUAAAAGACGGAAUGGAGAGCUCCGAGCAUAAUGUCCUGGCACACAUCCAGAGACGUUUGUCCCAGUGCCUGAGAGACAAUCGGGACACGCACUGUAUCACCGGCUCCACGCGGCUGGAGGACAAAGAGGACGACGACGACGACAAGACGGAGGGUGAUCGUUUCCAGCAGCUCUUGGAGCUAAAGUGUCAGAUACGCAACAGCGGCGAGUACGACCUGUUCUACAGCCGCAGCAGCACCAUUGAGUGCAGCAUUGGGGAGCAGGGCGGAGUCCAGCAUGAGCUACGUAUGCUCAACGACGAGCUGCGCAGCAUCGAACUAGAAUGUCAGAACAUCAUGCAGGCCCAUAACCUCCGUAAAUGCCAGCAGUCUCCCUCCACGGGCGACACUGCACCCUCAACCAAAAACCAAAGCCUCCACCGAAGUGACCCCACGCGGGGUAAGCUGGUUGACAUUAAUGGGAGGCUGGAGAAAUCCGACAAGGACAGUUCCAGUGCCUAUAACACGGCGGAAAGUUCACGAAGCACCCCUCUGGCAAUGGACCGCUCCCCGGAGCACUCACUCCAGAGAAUGGUCAGCCUUACCAACCAGAGGAACCUGUGCAGUGGCCUUGCCAGUGGCCCUUCUCUUAGCCCAAGUCCCACUCCCAUCCCAGCAUGCCGUGCUCCAGUCCUCGGGUUAAGAAGCAGCCCGGACCACAGCAAUCCGUUUGAGUCGAACCAGACAACUCAGGCUGAGGAGGAAAGCAGGGGAGAGUUAAAGCCACUCGUCUCCAAUAUUCCUUACUUCUCUCCAUCCCACAGUUCCCAGCAGAGGCAGGUCAACAUCCCAGCACAUGCCCGCCAUUACCAGAGCUACAUGCAGCUGAUCCAGCAGCGCUCGGCUGUGGAGUACGCUCAGAGCCAGCUCAGCUUGCUCAGUGUCUGCAAAGAGCCUCAGAGGCCCAUUAAUGAGUCCAAGAUGGAGUGGAAGGUCAAGAUCCGCAGCGACGGCACACGUUACAUCACCAAGAGGCCUGUGAGAGACAAGAUCCUGAGGGAGCGAGCGCUAAAGAUUAAGGAGGAGCGCAGUGGGGGAAUGACCACGGACGAUGAUGCAAUGAGUGAAAUGAAGAUGGGGAAGUACUGGAGUAAAGAGGAAAGAAAGCAGCAUCUGGUCAAAGCGAAAGAACAGAAGAGAAGGCGAGAGUUCAUGCAGCAGAGUCGGCUGGAAAGCUUGAAGGAGAACCCUCAGAGCAGCAACGAGGGACGCAAGGAAGUCAGCAUUAUAGAGCUCAGUCAGAAGAAGAUGCUGAAGAAACGCAACAAGAAGAUACUGGACAACUGGAUGACCAUCCAGGAGCUGAUGACUCAUGGCACUAAGGCCCCUGAGGGGGCCAAGGUGCACAACGCCUUCCUAUCAGUCACUACUGUAUAAAAAACACACAUUCUACCCCAUGCGGUAUAAUAUACUUGCCUCGUUCAAUGUGGCGUUUUUAUGAGGACAAUAGGAAUAUUUUUCACACUUUGUUACCCAAAAAGCAUUUUGUAAAGAAUUUAUCAGUGGUGUCAUUGCAUUUUCUUCAUGUUUUUCAGUAUGGUUUUUCACAUCACUCUGCCGGAAAACACAGCAUUUUUCUAUGAAAUUAUGACUAUAUAAUUAUUUUAUUACUUGGCUCGAAACAUUUUUAUCUUUUCAAUUCUAUUUUCAUAUUUAUGUUGUAACCAUAUACUCAAAUGGUUGUAUGAGCAUAUUAAGAAAAGUAUUUUCUUUUAUGUAUUAUGUACACUUGCCAAUUGCAACACGAAAUGAAUCAGUGAGUUCUCCUGCCUUUCACUCACUUUUUAAUGCUCCUUACAUUUGCAGAUUGCUUCUCUUUUUCCAGCUGAAAUCCAUAACUCUCUCAAUGUUGUCGAGAGGCAGUUGAUAUAAUGUUUCAGACUACUGGUGCUUAGACGUGGACUAAAAGUCAACUAUUCACAAAGUGUAACAUUGCAUUCUAUAACCAUACAGAUAACAGAAAAUUCUUAUAGAUUACAUUUUGCUUAAAUGCAAUUAAAUUAAUAAGUAAGGUAAAAUAAGGUACAUUCCAGCUUUAGAAAAUUACAAAUAUCGUACAUUCCGAAUCAUAGUACUGUACAACUUGUUUCUGAUAAAAGAUUGAGCAUAAAUACAGCAAGAAUGUGUUUAAUCCUGAACAUUUAAGGAGUUUUAAAUGUAUCUAAUCACCUGAAAGAGUAAAAAACCCGGUGCCUCAUCGACCUGCCAUGUCUCCUUUGGGGGAAAGAAAUACUUGAGGUUUUAGAUUACUGAACAUUGUUGAUGUUAUGAUAAAAAGUUUUUAUUGGCAAUUUAUAAAAGCAUCUGUUAAAAGUUCAAUACUUCAUGUUACACUUUUCUACGAUGUUUCUGUAAUUUGUGAGCUUGAGCCCACUUCUCUUACAAAGUUACAAACAAUGAAACAAUACUUUAGAAGGUGCUACACUGACAGGUCAAUGGAAAAAUAACUGUGGCCACAGGAGUUAUGUAUAUUUAUAUAUAUAUAUAUUUAUAUAUAUAUAAAUAUAUACACACAAGAUUCUUUCGUGUAAAGGAACAUAAGCGCUCCAAAAUAUUCUGACUCAUGAGUGCUGCCGCUUUGUGUGCAGGUUUUGCAGCUUUGGGUAAAACAUAUUUUAUUUUGUCCUAAUAUCUUGACUUUUUUUCUACAUAUUCAACAACAAAUGGACCUGCUCAUCGCUUUUACAUACCAGUAUGUUUACAUCAUCAACAUACACCUUUACUCAGCAUAGCCGUAACAGUAAAAACGUUUGUGUAGCAAACUGAUUUCAUACACAAACAAACUGUCUCUGGAUAUCUCUGUGCAACAGACUGCUAUUAUUCAGCCUUAUUCAUACGUUAUUUAAGUGAGUUUUUUAAGCAUCUGGAAAAUAUCAUAAAUAUCAUGUCGUCAUUACUGAAUUAUGUUUGCAGUUACAUUAAACAUGUGUUAGGAUGAUUGCCACUGAGCAGGACUCAGAAACACAUAUAAGAUCAUCGAAAAACUAAACUGGUGAAAUGAAUGGGUUGCAUUUCUUAACAGACUUUAUAGUCCCGUUACAUGUACAGUAUACUCAUUCUAAACGACCCAUUUUUAACUGAAAUAUUGUACAUUUUAAAUUUUAAACCGAUCCCUGUAUUUGUUUUGUUUUGUCAAUGGUCUAAUUUCGAGUAAUGCGUAGUUGGCACAUUUGUAGCCGGGUGAAAUGUGUGAUAAUGGUGAUCUUUGCAAAAGAAAUGAUAAUAAAUUAUUGUUUUUUGGUAAAACAUC